GGGUCUAACCCGGAAUUGAACACAGUGGCCGACAUCUAUCUGGUCUAUGAACAGCCUCAAUGAUUAUUUUCGGGAUAAUUUGUGUCGCUUUGGUCAUAUUUAUAUUAAAAUAUGUCUUCAGCAGCUCCGGGCCCAACCCCUUUGAGACGGAUACUCGUGAACCGUUGAAAAAGAUGGUUCACGACAAGAAAGAGAAAAAUAAAGUUCUGAAGCAAGGUUUUGUGGCCAGUAAAGUACCUGACAACCUGGAUGCCAUCAUCAUUGGCAGUGGGAUCGGUGGGCUUGGGCUUGCGGUGCUCCUGGCCAAAGUUGGAAAGAAAGUCCUGGUCCUGGAGCAGCACAGUCGGGCCGGAGGAUGCUGCCACACGUUCUCUGAGAAGGGCUUUGAGUUUGAUGUUGGAAUCCACUACAUCGGCAACCUGCUGGAGCAUCAGUCGUUCCGCUGUAUGGUAGACCACAUUACUAAUGGACAGCUGCAGUGGGAGCCUCUGGAGAAUCCGUUUGACCAUGUAGUGCUGGGACCUCCGGAAAACCGCCGCCGGUAUCCCAUCUACAGCGGCAGUACCCGCUUCCGUGAGGAGCUGAAGAAGUGCUUCCCUGGAGAGGAGAAGGCCAUUGAUGAGUACGUGAAGCUGGUCAAGAAAGUUGCGCAGGGCAUUUGGUUCCUCGCUUUUCUGAAGCUCUGCCCCGUCCCCUUGGCUAAGUUCCUGGUGUACACCGGCCUGGCCAAACGUCUGUCCUCCUUCUUCAGAAUGGCACCCUGCAGCCUCACAGAAGUGGUCAAUAAACUGACGGAGAACAAAGACCUCAGGGCUGUCUUCGCCUACAUCUUUGGCACCUACGGAAACAUGCCAAAAGAUGCCAGUUUUUCUAUGCACAGCUUGCUGGUCAAUCACUACCUGAAUGGUGCCUGGUACCCGAAAGGUGGAGCCAGUGAAAUUGCCUACCACAUGAUCCCCAUCAUUGAGAAGGCUGGUGGUGCUGUUCUGGUUCGAGCCCCAGUCAAUCGCAUCUUGUUCAAUGGCGCCAAGGAAGCUUACGGUGUGAGCGUCAUGAAAGGUCAAGAGGAAGUACAUAUCCGUGCUCCUAUGGUCAUCUCGGAUGCUGGCAUCUUCAACACCUACCAGAUGCUGCUGCCCAAAGAGCUCCAGGCCAUGCCAGCUAUCCAGAAGCAGCUGAGCAUGAUGAAGCACGGUGAAGGUGGCCUGAGUAUUUUUGUGGGUCUGAAUGGAACAAAGGAGGAGCUGGGCCUGAAGGCAGACAACUACUGGAUCUUUCCCGAGAACAAUUUUGAUGAACUGGUGGAGAACUACAUGAAUGGAAAGAGGGAAGAGUCUGCUAAAAAAAUACCUCUCCUGUUCGUCGCCUCUCCCUCUGCUAAAGAUCCAACUUGGGAGGAAAGGUCACCAGGGAAAUCCACCUUGAGUCUGGUCAGUUUUGCUAAGUACGAGUGGUUUGAGGAGUGGAAAGAUGGCAAAGUGUCAAACAGAGGGUCGGACUACAAAGAGCUGAAGCAGGCAUUCAUUGAUUCUAUUUUGGAGGUGAUCUUGGAUGUCUUCCCUAAGAUAACCGCAGACAAGAUUGAGUACAUUGAUGCCGGAACCCCCAUCACAAACACUUACUAUAUCGGAGCCCCUAAAGGUGAAUUCUAUGGAGCGGAUCAUGGCAUCUCCCGAUUCAGCCCUGAGCUCAACGCUAUGGUGAGACCUCAGACUCCACUGAAGAACCUCUAUCUGACCGGUCAGGAUGUGUUUCUGUGUGGCUUUGCCGGCGCUCUUGCUGGAGCUCUCACCUGCGGCUCGGUCAUCCUCAACCGCAACCUUCAUCUGGAUGCCAUCGCCUUGGCAAAGAAAACAAAAAUUCUUAAUACCAAAUUGAAAGGGGAGUAACUGCCUGACAACAUUCUGUUGAGGUACCAUUAUAUACUGUAAUUAAUCAGUACUUGAAAUUACAUAGAAGGGACAAAAGCCCUGUAUAAGGAGGCUAAAACAACCGGAUAAACUGACAGAUUUCGUCUAACAAAUGAGUUAUUAUUGCUAACAUGAAGUGGAAUAAUUCAUUUCUGUACUUAGAAAAAUGCAUAACUACACUGAUUCGUGUUUCAGUGUUUGAAAAUUGCAGUUUUGAAAACUGUGAGUAAUGUCUGAGCUUUCACUCUGUGCCUGUGGUGUGUUUGGUAUGAAGUUUUUAACAGGUUUUUGACAUUAAAGGGUACAAACAAUGAA